GUAUGCUGCCUUUCAGAGUCUUUAUUUGCACCAUCAGUUAACAGUGUUUUUGCAAUUGUGUUCCAGGGCUUUUUCAGAAGGAGUCAGCAAAGCAAUGCUACCUACUCCUGUCCUCGCCAGAAGAACUGUUUGAUCGACCGAACUAGCCGAAACCGCUGCCAACACUGUCGACUACAGAAAUGCCUUGCUGUGGGGAUGUCUCGAGAUGCUGUAAAGUUUGGUCGAAUGUCAAAAAAGCAGAGGGACAGCCUGUAUGCGGAGGUGCAGAAACAUCGAAUGCAGCAGCAGCAGCGAGAUCAGCAGCAGCAACCAGGAGAGGCAGAACCACUAACACCAACAUACAAUAUCACCACCAAUGGGUUAACAGAGCUACACGAUGACCUCAGUAAUUACAUUGAUGGGCAUACCCCUGAAGGUAGCAAAGCAGACUCUGCAGUUAGCAGCUUCUACUUAGACAUACAGCCUUCUCCAGAUCAGUCGGGUCUUGAUAUUAAUGGAAUCAAACCAGAACCAAUAUGUGACUACACACCAGCAUCGGGCUUCUUCCCUUACUGUUCUUUUACAAAUGGGGAGACCUCUCCAACUGUGUCCAUGGCAGAAUUAG